AUGGAUAGAGAGCUAGCAAGAUUUACCGCUACCCCACUGUCCCCAGAGAUCGAGAGCAUGACACUCCCUGCCGGAUUCCACCAACCUAAGUUCACACUGUACAACGACAAAAUGGAUCAGCACAUGCACGUGAGUCAUUACUGGCAAGUAAUGGCUCGCCACCGGCGUAAUGACGCCUUGAUGUGUCUUCUAUUCCCAGCAAGUUUGGGAGAACUAGGCCUGAAGUGGUUCGAAAGACUCCCGAAGGGGAGCAUCGAGGAGCGGCAACAACUAGUAGAGGUCUUUGUCACUAGAUUCAAAACCAACACUCGAACACCGAAGGAGGUUGGCCAUCUGUUGAGCAUCAAGAUUGAAUCUGGAGGUUCUUUGAAGGCAUACAAUGCCAAGUAUUGGGAAACUUACAAUGAGAUCAUCGAUUGCCCCAUCAAUCUCGUGAUAGCACAAUACAAACAAGGUCUCCCAAUCGGACAUAGGCUGCGAGACUCACUUACGAUGGACCAGCCCACAACCAUGGAGUCCUUGAUGCAGCAGAUCAACGAACAUACCCGAGUAGAAGAUGAUGCCGCCACCGCCACCGCAACUGAGAAGGAAAAUAUGGUUGCGGCGGAUAGAAGAGUGGCAGGGAAGGUUCACUCGGUGGGGCAGGUGGACAACUGCCCUAAUGACCGAGCUAGACUAACAUCGCAGUUUAAACCGCAAUGA